GCUCACAUGGGCACCACAGCAGCUUCCCAUUUCACUGCCGCCUCACUCUCACAAUGUAAAGUCCUCAAAAGCCCCGACUGCAUCUUUAAUGUCCUGUAGGGGUUUGUCCAAUUAGUGAGUGGGUGGAGCACACACAGGAGCAAACCUACCGGAAAAAGAGAACCCACUCACUUUCCUCCACCUAACCUGAGCCGACACACUGGGGGGGAAAGCCGCUGGCUCUUCGCCUGAAGUUUCUCCAGCCGCGGAAAAAGUCGAAGGGAGACGGAAAGUCGAGGCGGACGGCGCUGGAGGAACAUGAUUGAGGUGUCGAUACCGUCGCUGGAGAAGGAGGUGGACGAGUCUGGCAAGUCGAAGAAGCUUUUCAGAGUUGAAGUCUUGUUUAACGAGAGGAAACAUUAUGUACUCAGAAGAAACAGCGAAUUCCAGACGCUCCACAGGAAGCUUAAGAAGAUCAUCCAGACUCCUGAUUUUCCGAGCAAAAGGAACCCCCAUCUGAGGACCAAACCUCUGGAGCAAAGGCGGCAGGAGCUGGAAGAUUACAUACAGGAAAUUAUCUAUCAAAAUGAAGACGUGCCUCAAGUGCUGCUGGACUUCCUCCAUUUGAAGCACUUCCACACGGGGAACAAGAUCAGCAGCGUCGAGUCACUGGAAGAACUGGACAGUCAGGAUUACAAUUUCCAUUUACCACAGCAACGGGUUCUGGGCUUCUUCCAGGAUCCUUAUCUGCAUGGCAGCUCAUCAGGCCUCCCGGACAUCGUAGUGGACGGAGUUCUGCAGGGUUUCUACCCCCGAGAUGUCCGGGUCAGCUUCAGCGCCUCUAUUCUCCCUGACCACAAUACCUAACAGGCGGCACGGUCCAAAGACCCAAAACUGGCAGAAUUAUGGCGACAUUUCAACGAAUUGCAGUACCAUUGGAACAGUUCAUUUGACUCAGGAGAAGAAAUCCAGGAGACCUUUCAAGCUCAUUUUGGUCAUUGUGACUUGAAUCAAAUUCAGUUUCUCUGAAAACCUGAAUAAUAUGCACACAAAAGCUUAAAUCAACUUGGGUCUUCUUCCAGACACUGAGCUUGAUUUUUUUCAAAAUGAGAGGCUUUUUCUAGAAGAUUUUUAUUUUCUUUUGGAUUUACUAAUAUAUGGCAAAAUCUAACAGCCUUUUUCACACAAACUGUGUCACAGAAUCAAAACAAAGCAACAAAUGAGCAAGGCACUGUCAAUAUUCCGUUUCACCUUUUUUUCCCUUCCACUGAACUUUCCAUUGAUAUGUUUUGACACGUCACUCUUCUUAAUAAAGGAUUUUAAUGACCAUCUGCUGGACAA